AUGUCUGAGUUGACUGACCUUGAUUCCAGUUUUCACCCAUUUUCAUCAACCAACUCUCUUUCAAUCAAUCUCUCGACAAUGGUUCGUAACGCAUACAACGGCUUUGGUGAUAACCAGCGGGGACGCGGCGCGGGUGGCUUCGGUCGCCGAGGAUCUGGCCGCGGUGCUCCUCAGGGAGCAAAAUACUCGUCAAACCAGUCCCGGGGCCCUUCGGGGCAGCAGCAACACCACCAGCAACAGCAGCAGCCGCAACAGGGCCAACCGGCCCCAAAGAAACGUGCCCGGCAAGGAACCCGCGAGGAGGCCGAGGAGAACCUCGAGUACUGGCGCGAGCAGGGAACCAAAUAUUUUGACUCGAUGAAGCACUACGAGCGCAAGUUUAAGGAGGCCGCAGAGAAGAUCGCCGAAUGGACACUGAAGCGAGAUGCCCUCCCAGAGGUGCCUGAAGCAAAGGUCGAGCUCGAGAAAGAGGUCGAGAAGAUGCUGGCCGAGAAGGAGGCCGAGAAGCAGGCCGAAAAGGCCACCGAGAAGCCCGCCGAGAAGCCUGCUGAGUCCGCCCCUGAGGAUUGGUGCAUGUACUAA